AUGUCCUAUUCCUCUAGCCGCCUAUACCCACACCAGCCCCUCCAAUCCCACCCUUCCCACUCUACCAACCCCGCUCAACGUCCAACAUCUUCACACUCCUCUCGCCCCUCAACCCAACAAUCUGGCUUUUCAUCCUUCUCUGCUGCUCCCUCCACUUCGAGCUCUACUACCACGACGACACGUCAGAGGCGUACGACGCUCUCAGUAAAUUGCAAUGAGGAGAAUGGGGAUGGGGAGUCGCCGAUUUCUGGGAACGCUAAUUGGGGAUAUCCUACCCAUACCUCGAAUGCGCAUGAAUAUGCGUAUAAUCCCAACCAUCCUCAUUCUCAUCACUCGUCUUCCCAUCUCAACUCGCAACAACAACACCAACACCAACACUCCAACGCGAACCAUACCAAUGGUACGGAUACCACUCACCCCUCCGCCCCCUCGCAUGAAUUCCGUAGACGCGAUGCCGAACAACGUGCUUCGACGCUGCGUUCCGAUGAACUUAUUAGGAAAGUCGAGCCCCAUCGCGUGUUUUGUAACUUGUGUGAGAAGUGGGUGCAGCUAAAGCGGCAUAGCCCGUAUUGUGCGUACCCUUGGCGUCAGCAUCGGGAGAAGUGUAUAGCGAGGCAUCAACGACGGAUGGAGAAGGAGGCUGCUAUCGCCAAUAUGCGUGCUCAUCGUCCUCGAGCUUCGGGCCGCAGUAUGGGCAUGAGUAUGGGGAACGAUAUGGGUAUGGGGCAGGAGUUGGGUCUUGAUGCUGAUGGAGAUGCUGAUGCCUAUGGGGAAGUCGAUGCGGACGGGGACGUUGAUACGUCCGUGCCUAUGACCAAUGGAUCUCAAGGAGGACGAGGAGGAACGGGAGGAGGAGGGGAUAGAAGUAGAGAUGAGGACGAAGAUGGAGAGGGGGAUGCGGAUGAUUUGGAUUUGGAGAGUGAGGAAGGUGUGGAAGGAGGGAGUGGGGAUGAACAUGGGAGAAGGAGGAAGAGGAGAAGGAUGAGUAAUGGGUUGGGCGUUGGGGUUGGUGCGAAUGGCAUUGCGAGAGGCGCAAAUGGGAAACAUGUUUCGGGACAUCCUCUUGGUGGGACGAGAGGGGUAGGGAUGUAUGGGAAUGGGAAUGGGAAUGGGAGUAUGAAUGGUGGUGGUGGGCCGAUGAUGAUUGACGAGUUGGGCGCUGAAGGUGAAGACGACGUCGAUGCUGAGGGGGAGCCAUACUCGGAGGACCAGAUCGUUAGGACGUAUUCGCCUUUGCAUUACGCACACCAACAACAGCAUCAACACCAGCAACAGCAACAACAACGGCAGCAGUAUAAUCGUCGGCAAGGAGGUCAAGGAGGUCAAGGUCAAGGUAUGAUGAGGAUGGGUUCGGGGAGAGGAAGUAUGGGAGGUUAUUCGAGAUGGGGAGGUCAACCUGUUGCGUUGGCUGAUUUGGAUAGUUUGCCUGGUCGCCGCAACUUCAUCUUCCUCGCUAUCGACCAUCUCUUCUGCACGACAUAUGAGAACUCGGAUGAUAUGACCAUCUCGUCUCUCCUGAUUUACCUCAACGCGGCCAUGCCACCUGACAAACACGAGGACUUUGAUACUCCGGAAGUCGUGAAGGCGGUCGCUGUGUUCAAGGAGAAGGGUAAAGUCAUAUUUGAGGGAGAUACAUUGAGAUUGGUGGAUUGA